AUGUCCUUAUUUAAAUCAAAGAGAAAAAAUCAGAUUACAUCCGAGUCUGAUUCUACAUCACAGUCUGCACUGUUGCCAGUUCAAAAUGUGUACAGCGCAUACAACAGAUUACCCAGCCCAGUGCAUACAGUCGAUCAAGAGAUGGAGGACGUUUACUCAACCAGCAACAUCCGAAGCAAAUUCCAUCGACAGCAUUUUAACAAGCACCAUCACAAUCGUCAUCAUCAAAAACCACAUGAAAUCAAUUAUGAUCACACAGAGAAAUUUAGUCAACAACAAAAGCUGAUUAAAGAAGCAGAGGAACGAGCUGCUGCAAAGCUACACAAAAAAUCGCUCUACGCACGAUUACUAUGCUGCUUGUGCUUCCCAUGCCUGCCCAUGUGGACAAGAACUCUUUGCUGCUUUGUUUUGUUGUUAAUAUGCGGUUUUAGCUGUCUGCUGUUAUUCUUGGCAAUGUCAUUCAAGCAGCCUCAGAUUGUACUUAAUGGGGGCAAUGAUGCUUCAUUGAAUUACAGCAUCUACAAUGGAAAUUACUUUGAAAUGAAUUUUGACAAGAUCAAGGCCGUGAUGUAUUACCCUACUCCAAAUCAAACAACGAUAGGCGUUGGCCAAGUAUCAGAUAUCGUAUUGAGCCCUCAUGCAGUGACAAACAUUACAUUUCCAAUGCAAUUGCUUAGCAGUAGUUUUGGCAAAACUGUUAUAAAUACGACUACCAACGUAGCAGACGAUAGCCCGGUUUUCAAACGCAUUGUAUCUCAACUAUGCUCGGCAGAGACGGACGAUUCUGGCAACCCAAAAGAGAUAGACGUUGUGUAUGACUUGAUGCCAACGCUCAAAUUUGGGGAUUACGGGGUCUUGAGCUUAUCAUUUAUAGGGCAAGCAACAAAAAUAUCUUGCGAAAAGUUACAAAAUAUGGCCAGAGAAUCUUGA